CGCCCAAACCCUCAUUUCAAACUCUCUCUAUUUCUCUCUCUAAGGAGCCUUCUACAGAGAAAGUUGAAUCAGAAAUGGCGGCACACAUAGGAAUGAUGGAUGCGGCAUACUUCGUCGGCAGAUCGGAGAUCCUAUCCUGGAUCAAUUCCACACUUCACCUUAAUCUUUCCAAAGUCGAAGAGGCGUGUGGUGGUGCGGUUCAUUGCCAGCUGAUGGAUGCCGCUCACCCAGGGCUAGUCCCUAUGCACAAGGUCAAUUUCGACGCUAAGAAUGAAUAUGAGAUGAUCCAGAACUAUAAGGUUCUUCAAGAAGUAUUCAACAAACUUAAAAUUACCAAGCACAUUGAGGUCAACAAACUAGUGAAAGGAAGACCUCUUGACAACCUGGAGUUCAUGCAAUGGUUGAAGAGAUACUGCGAUUCUGUUAAUCGAGGCAAUUCGCACAACUACAAUCCUCUUGAGAGAAGGGAAGCUUGCAAGGGUGCAAAAGAAGUGAACAAAAGAUCUGCUACUUCACAUACUGCUGCCAAAAAUGCCUCAACCGCUCCAAAGCAUGCCCCUCAUAGUGCUAGAAGAAAUGAUGUACCUCAUGUAAGCAGCACAAAUCAAUCUGGCAAGGUGUCCAGACCUUCUUCGAGUGGAGGAGCAUCAACCUAUUCUGAAACAGAUCGUGCUGCACAUGAACAACAGAUUACGGAAUUGAAGUUAUCAGUGGAUAGUCUUGAAAAGGAAAGGGACUUCUACUUUGCAAAGCUGAGGGAUAUCGAGAUCCUGUGCCAGUGUCCAGAGAUUGAAAACCUCCCCGUGGUUGAAGCAGUGAAGAGGAUUCUGUAUGCUAUGGAUGAUGAUGCAUCACUUGUCACAGACGCUGAAGCUAUGAUUUCUGAGCAACACCAGCAAGUAGAGACGUUGAGUUGCACAUCAGAAGAGGCAGAAGAAAGGCUGAAGGUAGACACUCAAAAGAGAAAAAACAUUGUCAAUAUUGACGUUGACAUUGCUGCCAGCAACACUUUGUCUCCCAAGCAAAGGAUGUCUGAUGCUUCUGAUGUCCAUUCCAGUGGAUCACUUGUGACUUAUUGACCGAUCUCUUGUCUCCUGGAUAAAUGACUUGUUCUAUCUGGGUUGUCGAAUAAUUCCUGCCACCGUCUUUGUUACUCUAGUUAUAUGUUCUCAAAGCAUACUUCGUUUCCAAGCAAUACAGUUCGAGGAAUUUUACUAGUACAGAUAUUAGAGUAUAUCAGAGCACAUCUGGUUUAUCUGUUUGGCUUGAUUGUACAACAUUCCCUGAUCAUCAUCUCUGUCCUAUAGCAAGUAUUUGCAAAUUGCAACUGUACUGGUUGCUUUGUAAUUGUUGUGUCGUAAUGCAAGACCUUGGAUUAUUUUGCUUA